AUGUUACUGUCAGAGAGAAAUAAAACUGGGGCCACGUUCACUCUCUUGGGCUUCUCAGAUUUCCCAGAACUGCAAAUCCCUCUCUUCUUGAUUUUUCUGGCUAUUUACACUGUCACUGUUGUAGGGAAUAUUGGGAUGAUUGUAAUAAUCAAAAUUAACCCCAAGCUACACACCCCUAUGUACUUUUUCCUCAGCCACCUCUCAUUUGUGGAUUUCUGCUAUUCCUCCGUCAUUACUCCCAAGACCCUGGUGAACCUAGUUGUGGAAGACAGAACCAUUUCAUUUAUAGGAUGUGUAGUACAAUUCUUUUUCUCUUGUACCUUUGCGGUAACUGAAUUCUUUUUAUUAGCUGUGAUGGCCUAUGACCGCUUUGUGGCCAUUUGUAACCCUCUGCUCUACACAUUUGCCAUGUCCCAGAAACUCUGUGCCGUGCUAGUGGUCGGAUCAUAUGCAUGGGGAGUAGCUUGUUCCUUGAUAUUCACAUGUUCUGUUACCAAAUUAUCAUUUCGAGGUUUCAACACAAUUAAUCAUUUCUUCUGUGAAUUCUCCUCGUUGCUGUCCCUCUCUUGCUCUGAUACUUAUGUCAACCAGUUGCUACUUUUCAUUUUUGCCACCUUUAAUGCGGUUAGCACACUACUCAUCAUUCUCGUGUCUUAUGGAUUUAUCAUUGUCGCUAUCCUCAAGAUGCAUUCAGCCAGUGGGCGCUGCAAAGCCUUCUCCACCUGUGCCUCACACCUGACCACCGUUACUAUCUUCUAUGGCACCAUCCUCUUCCUCUACUGUGUGCCCAACUCCAAAAACUCCAGGCACACAGUCAAAGUGGCCUCUGUGUUUUACACAGUGGUGAUCCCCAUGUUGAAUCCUCUGAUCUACAGUUUGAGAAAUAAGGAUGUCAAGGAUAUUGUCAGCAAAAUAAUUCUUCUUAAGCAUUCUUAUUAA